AGAAUCUGUAGUGCUGCCCUGCCAGUACAGCAAAGUAAUAGAAGAUCUUGUUACAGUGAAAUGGGGCCGCUCUGGUCUUAAUCCUGAUACUGUCCAUCAACGGAGAGAAAGAGAUGACCUACGUGAACAAAAUCAGCUUUUUGAAGGACGAACAUCAAUGAGACCUGAUGCUCUAGUCUCUGGUAACUUCAGUCUCACUCUGAAAGAACCACAACUGUCUGACAGCGGGAUCUACAUCUGCAGCAUCAUUGAUGAAGAAGAAGAAACUAUGCUGCUGGACGUUCAGCUGCAUGUCAAAGUCUACAAGGUGGAGGUGGAUUCAGGAGUGGAGUCUGUUCUGCUGCCCUUUAAGACUGCAGUCCGUCUGCCUGAAGAAGUCACAGUAAUGUGGAGAAACAACAGUGACUGGAUGGUCCACAGUUAUCGCUGUGAAGACGGUCAACAACACUGGCAGUAUGAAGACAGAACAAAUAUGAAGAUAAAUUUGAAAUCUGGAGACUUCAGUCUGACCCUGAAGAACCCCACAGACAGAGACUCAGGAAUCUACACCUGCACCGUCUCCCACAGAUGGUCAGGAAAAAUCCUGGCUAAGAAACAAGUGCUGCUCAAUGUUGAAGUCUACAAGGUGGAGGUGGAUUCAGGAGUGGAGUCUGUUCUGCUGCCCUUUAAGACCACACUCAGUCUGUCUGAAGAAGUCACAGUAACAUGGAGAAACAACAGUGGCAGGAUGGUCCACAGUAAUCGCUCUGAAGAUGGUCAACAACACUGGCAGUAUGAAGACAGAACAGAGAUGAAGUCUGGAGACUUCAGUCUGACCCUGAAGAACCCCACAGUCAGAGACUCAGGAACCUACAGCUGCACCAUCUGCAGUAGACAGUCAGGAACAAUCCUGGCUAAGAAACAAGUGCUGCUCAAUGUUGAAGUCUACAAGGUGGAGGUGGAUUCAGGAGUGGAGUCUGUUCUGCUGCCCUUUAAGACUACAGUCAGUCUGACUGAAGAAGUCACAGUAACGUGGAGAAACAACAGUGGCAGGAUGGUCCACAGUAAUCGCUCUGAAGACGAUCAACAACACUGGCAGUAUGAAGACAGAACAGAGAUGAAGUCUGGAGACUUCAGUCUGACCCUGAAGAACCCCACAGUCAGAGACUCAGGAACCUACAGCUGCACCGUCUGCAGCAGACAGUCAGGAAUAAUCCUGGCUAAGAAACAAGUGCUGCUCAGUGUUAAAGUCUACAAGGUGGAGGUGGAUUCAGGAGUGGAGUCUGUUCUGCUGCCCUUUAAGACUACAGUCAGUCUGACUGAAGAAGUCACAGUAACGUGGAGAAACAACAGUGGUAGGGUGGUCCACAGUAAUCGCUCUGAAGACGAUCAACAACACUGGCAGUAUGAAGACAGAACAGAGAUGAAGUCUGGAGACUUCAGUCUGACCCUGAAGAACCCCACAGUCAGAGACUCAGGAACCUACAGCUGCACCGUCUGCAGCAGACAGUCAGGAACAAUCCUGGCUAAGAAACAAGUGCUGCUCAAUGUUGAUGUCUACAAGGUGGAGGUGGAUUCAGGAGUGGAGUCUGUUCUGCUGCCCUUUAAGACUACACUCAGUCUGACUGAAGAUAAAGUCACAGUAACGUGGAGAAACAACAGUGGAAGGGUGGUUGACGGUUAUGACUGGUGGUAUAAAAACCUUCAACAACACAAGCAGUAUGAAGGCAGAACAGAGAUGAAGAUGAAUUAUAAAUCUGGAGACUUCAGUCUGAGUCUGAAGAACCCCACAGACAGAGACUCAGGAACCUACAGCUGCACCGUCUAUGAUGACAAGUCAGGAAAACUCCUGGCUAAGAAACAAGUGCUGCUCAAGGUCAAAGGUGAAGCUGACUCUCUGAUCAUGGCCAUAGACUUUGGUUCAGGAUACAGUGGCUACGCCUUCAAUCUAAAACCCAGAGAGGAAGGAGGUGAGACCCAGUUAAAGAGAUGGGGUAAAGAACUUGGACUGGACUCCCCAAAGACUCCAACCUGCAUCCUGUUUGAUGAACAUAAACAAUUCCUGGAGUUUGGUUAUAAAGCUAAAACAGCGUACAGCAACAUGAGACGAGAAGAAGCUGAGAAAUAUUCUUUCUUUGAAGACUUCAAGAGGGAAAUCCUGGACAUGGUAAGUAACAUUAAAGAUCUGCAGCCAGAGCUUCUUCUGCCUUGGAUCCUGCUGUGUCCUCUAUGUCCAGACCUGUCUUCUCAUUUAGAAACUGUGUCACUUUCUGAAUUAUCUGAGAGUUUAAAGCUGAACUCUGACCCUUCACAGAUUUCCUCCUACAGUCAGGAAAACAGGUUUUAA